AUGGGCCAUGAGUUGGUGAGCCACCGUCUGGUCGUAGCCGAGUCAGAGCAGAUUUGGCCCUUGGCCCAUGGGCAAAGUCAGCCGAGUGUUGCGAGCUUCGGCAAGGUUCACUUCCAGGUUUCGGAACUUUUGACACACAGUCAGAAUAUCAUCUCGCGUCUUUUGACCCUCACAUUCGGAUGCACCCAGACCCUCACCGACACCGAGCUGGCGCUGGACCUGGACCUGGACCCCCUCGCUUCGCACCCAGAGGUUGACGGCCAUGUCAGAGGAGUCCCUUGA